ACAAUUGGACCGACUUGGUGUUCAAGUAAAGAAAUAUAAUUGCCACUUUUCAGUUUUUCUUGUUUUUUUUUUUACUUCUUCUUUACUCAUUUAACAGCAACGGCUUGGUUGUUGUGCAUAGAGGCUGCCCUAUAUAAACCACAACAAGUUUCAACUUUUGAAGGGUUCCAUUUUUUCAACACCAAAUCUAUUCCAAACUCUGAUUUUAAACAGCACAUAUAAUGAAUCCAAAGGUGAAAGUGAGAGUCCCAGAGCAAGAAGAAGAACUUGUUCAUCCGGAAAACAAUAGUGGAACUUGGAUGUUUUCAAAGUUAAUUGAGUUACUAUACUUUAAAGAAGAGAAGAAUCAGAAUCAGAAUGAAUGUCCACCCUCAAUUUCCGAAAGCACAAAGGCUUGUACUCAACAUGUAAUAAUGAGAUCCACCCCUUCAACUAAAGGAUUAUUCAAGAGUAUCAAACGAGUUGGUGAGAGUCCAAAAGUAAAUGCAAGAGCUUGUUCUGUUAUACGCCCACGUGCAGUCUUAUCUAGUCCCGAAAAUGAUGGAUUAAUUGGAAGCAUAAAUGACUUGAACAACAGUGUAUCUUCAGCUCGCAGAAAGAACGAUGCAAAAGUGAAGAUAGAAGGCCAAGCUAAAGUUUUGUCUAUUCAGGUGAAGGAAGGAAAAUAUUCGGACAAGGAGGAAUGUGAGGCAUUCAACAAAGGCAAAACUCCUUCCAAAGUGCAUGUUAGAAACUUUUAAUAUUUAAGAGGCCAUGCUUGAAAGAAGAGACAUCAAAGAAGGUUCAUUGAGUUGGGCUUUUAUAAUUACAAUUUGAAAUAGGAAAUUCUUAUGAGAGUGAAGUUUUGGCCGAUCAUACAUGCCAGUGCUUCUUUAGAGUGUUCUGUAUUUUUAAAAAAUCUGACAAUUUGUAAUUUUGUGUGAAUUGACAAUAUCUUAACGAGUUUAAUUAUUUUCAACAGGAAACACUAGUUGUUUCUCUUUCUAUUA